UGCCCUUAUUUGGGCAUUUCGGCCCCGUCCAAUCAGCGCGGGGGGGCCGGGCCCGGCCCCGCCCCCGCCCCGCCCGGCCCCGCUCCGGUACCGGCUCCGCUGCCCGUGCCCCGCUCCGGUACCGGCUGCGCGCCCCGCCAUGAGCAGCUCCCAGUUCAACAAGGGCCCGUCCUACGGCCUCUCCGCCGAGGUCAAGAACCGGCUUGCCCAGAAGUAUGACCCGCAGAAGGAGGUUGAGCUGCGGACGUGGAUCGAGAGCGUCACGGGGCAGCAGAUCGGGCCUGAUUUCCAGAAGGGGCUGAAGGACGGGGUGAUCCUCUGCGAGCUCAUGAACAAGCUGCAGCCCAACUCGGUGAGGAAGAUCAACCGCUCAGCUCAGAACUGGCACCAGCUCGAGAACCUCUCCAACUUCAUCAAGGCCAUGGCCAGCUACGGCAUGAACCCCGUGGACCUCUUCGAAGCCAACGACCUUUUUGAGAGCGGGAACCUGACCCAGGUGCAGGUGUCACUGCUGGCACUGGCGGGAAUGGCCAAGACGAAGGGGCUGCAGAGCGGAGUGGACAUCGGUGUGAAGUACUCAGAGAAGCAGCAGAGGAAUUUCGAUGAGGCCAAGAUGAAGGCUGGGCAGUGUGUGAUUGGGCUGCAGAUGGGCACAAACAAGUGCGCCAGCCAGUCCGGCAUGACGGCCUACGGCACCCGGAGGCACCUCUACGACCCCAAGAACCAGAUCCUGCCGCCCAUGGACCACUCCACCAUCAGCCUGCAGAUGGGCACCAACAAGUGUGCCAGCCAGGUGGGCAUGACAGCUCCCGGCACCAGGAGACACAUCUACGAUGCCAAGAUGGGGACAGAGAAGUGCGACAACUCCUCCAUGUCACUGCAGAUGGGCUCCAACCAGGGCGCCAACCAGAGCGGGCAGGUCUUUGGCCUCGGCCGCCAGAUCUAUGACCCCAAGUACUGCCCACAGGGCAGCCAGGGCGAGGUGGCCAACGCUGCCGGUGACCUGGGCGGGGACCCCCCUGGGUACCACUACUACUGUGAGGAGGAGGAGAGCUACUGAGCGGGACGGCACCAGCCCCGUCCGCACCAUCUCGUGUACAGCCACACUGCCAGCCACAUUCCAGCCUUCACUUCCGUCAUUCCUUCUUUUUAAACUCUUUUUUAACUUUGGAAAUUAAUCUAUUUUUCCGAGCAAGGAAAUAAAGACCCUGUUUCUAGA